GAGAAAAACCCCUUACACUUCAAAUCACCACCAAUGGACACACCAGACUACGAAGCCGAAAAGGCCAAGAUGCUCCGCGGCGAGCUCUACCGCGCCUUCACCCCGGGCCUGAUCGCCGCCCGCCACCGCUGCAAAGUCGCCGUGAAUGCGUUCAACAACGCCGGGAUCGUCUCACGACGGCGACAGGUUGAGUUGUGGAGAGCAAUAGUGGAGGACGCCCGCCCCCUUCCACCGCCGGCCACCACUCAAGAAGAAGACGAGGCGCUCCUCGAGCACGAACCCUGGGUGGAAAGUCCCAUCCGGAUGGACUACGGGUUCAACGUGAGCGUCGGCGCGGGCACGUUCAUCAACUUCAACUGCACGAUCAUCGACACCUGCCGCGUGGUGAUCGGGGAGCGGUGUCUGUUCGGCCCGAAUGUGAGUCUCUACACGGGACUGCAUCCGCUGGACGGGGAGGUGCGGAAUGGCACGGCCGGGCCUGAGUGGGGCAAGGAGAUCCAUAUCGGCGAUGAUUGCUGGUUGGCCGGGGAUGUGAAGAUUCUGGCGGGGGUGACAGUUGGAAAAGGGUCGACGGUUGGGGCGGGGAGUGUGGUUACUAAGGACGUACCGCCGUAUUGUGUGGUGGUCGGCAAUCCAGCGCGGGUAUUGAGGUAUCUCAAGGGGAGUCCGCAUUUCAAGGAGGAAGCGGCAUUGGAUUAAUGGAUUUGAUGAAAAAAGAUAGAGGAUAGAUCCAAGGUGUUGCAGUCUAAUCUUAGUCAGAAGGUUGGGAGCUGAGAAGUAGAUAUUAUCUCUCGGUCAGUAAUGCACGGCAAAUAUGAGGUAAUACGAUUGUCGGCUCACAAUUUGGACGACUAAUAACAUGAAAAACACAGCAAUAAAUAGUAUAAACGGUGUACAGUCAAGACCCGCUCACAGAAUCAACAAAAAAUGAAACCGAG